GGACAACUACCCAUCUGGAUCUUGCGGUGAAGGACCGCCCAAAGGAAGACUUGGGUUGUAGCAAUAAAAUCUCAAGACUGAAGAGCUGUUUUGUCCCCUUCAAGACACAGGCAGGCUGAAGAUCAACUCAAGCAAAGAUAAACCAGAACCUGUUGCCAGCCCUGGUCUCUAGCCCUGGCACCUGACGCGGGCUCGCUCAACUCUCUCUCUUCGAAUCUUGCUUGGUUGUGGUGCGUCCUUGCCUGGCCUGCUUCCCUGGAAUCCAACCCGCGUUGGUGCACGCGACAUCCUCUUUCCACCUCGACUUCUCUCGCUCGUCCUCUCUUCUCUUCACAUCGAAUCCCUCAAAACGACCCGCGGUCCCUGGCCAUCACCAAGCCAACACAAAAUCUGAUCUCUAUCACCAUCGGAAUGACAUGUGAAAGCCUGGACCUCGACUCAACCACGAAUCCCUCGAAACCUGUCUAGCGGAACGAACAACUCCCAAGGCGCCAGAGCUGGCCGAUUGAUUGACCCUCGAAAGACGAAAUCUAUGCCACUGAGAGCGACGCCCUGUUGACUGCGCUGCGACUCACCUUCUAACCUUCCAAUCCCCGAACCCCUCCUCACCUCUCAUACCCACCAGCCGACCGAAUGUUCUUCCGCGCCCUCUCCGCCCUCUUCUUCCUCACGCUCAUUAUCGUCUUAAUUCCUCUCACAUUUGACGUCGGUGGACGCGACGCUGGUCUCGCCUUCUCCCUCUCCAUCGCAUCCUUCUAUUUCUGCCUAUCUUUGCUACGAAUCUCGACGCCGGAUGAGCCAGGUUUUAGAAGGACCAUAGUCAACAUCCUACGGGGCCUUCAGUUACUCGUUCUCCCAAUCUUGUGUAUCUGGGCUCUCGGAAGAUUCUCAGUCGAUGCAGACAAUAGCUCGGGCUGGGUGGAGAGAACGUUCCGUACCAGCAAGGAUUUUCUCAAGCCUAGCCCAUCGCUUUGGCUCGCGGUUUUCGGACGAGAAGGUCUGGUGGAGAAUGUGACACUCGGUGCAUGGGAUGUCAUGCUGCGAUGGUCUUCGCCCAUUUUUCAACUUCUCGAGGGCUUCUGCAGUCUACUGGUCAUACAAUCCAUCGGGCAAUUUUCUCGGUGGCUGGUCAACAGAAGUGAAUGGAGCGAUGCCUGGCUUCUUGCUCUGCUCGCUGCGUCGGCCGGAGUCGUGUCAAGUUCGGUCUAUUUCCUCUGGCGAGUCUUGCAGUUUCCGGACAUCUCGAACCUCGACUCCACUCUCAUUGGCAUUGCCAUCGCGUCGGCUAUAUUUCUUUGCGCCUAUGGCGUGGUUUCGGGCCGUGGCACAGCAACUGAAUCAUCUCUACUCUUCGCUUACAUUGUCUUGUGCAUAUAUCAAAUCUUCACAGACUAUAAGCCCAAUGUCCCCCAUUCAGAACCUGGCAUGGCAAGCUCGGCACCGGAUUUUCCACCAUUUCCGCCCAUCAUCAUGUCCUCUUACACGGCCCUCAUGGUCGCACUGUCGUCUCUUCCAGGGGCCCUUGUCAACGCAUUGGACUUCAUUGCAGCAGCUUUCAAGGCGGUCACGCCAUCCGUUCUAAUCUCUCUCGGCUAUCGACUGUUUGUCUUUUAUUCUUCCACUCGCAUCAUUCCAGCGAUCAACGAAAGUGGUGCCAGCGGUCUGAGUAUGGAGCCGUCUCUGGAAGAUUCCAAUGCAGCGAACCAAUUCCUUGCAUUCCUCUCCUGGUUUUCACCGAGCAUUCUCAUCGCGGUCUACACGAGUCUUCUCAUGCAGCACUUUGCCACAACCAUGGGUGGCUAUGCCCCAGGUCUUACGGAAACUAUUGGUGCUUGGUGGAGCGGCAACGGACAACCAGUAAUGAACGGCAAUUUAUGGAAGUGGGUCAACUUGGUAGGGACCAUGUCCCUCUACGCUAUCGAGUUGUGGUUAGGCAAAGAAGACGACAUGAAUGGUGAUCACUGGAAGGUUGACUGAGCAACAAAAGGAGGGAAGAGUUCGAUCGACGCUGCAAAAUCAUCGCGAGGACCGAUAUACCAAACCGACGCAAAUCUCCGAGCAUCGCUGUGACAAUCCUAUUCAAGAGGCCAAUAGGGCCGGGCGCCUGUAUAUCCGUAAGACUCAAGGCUCUAGCCGCGACGACAGGUUCACCCUGACCACCCACAGAAACCUAGAGGGGCAAGUCGAUGGGGCACCACGAAUGACACAUGCGUUGGCCGCGUCGUUGGGUUCUCUGGGGAAAGAGCCAGCUGGGAAAGGGUACAUGGUCUGUCCGCAAAAGGACAGUGAAUUGCACGAUCGGCGAGGAGUCAAUGCGGAGAAGAUUAUCUGACAAGAAGCCAUGGAGGUCGCGGAUCAAAGAAUGGGUUUGAGCGUUUUCAGGGCAGGAACGUCUUAAUGCGCGUGGGGAAGUGUAAGAGCCUUCCGACGGAGAAGGACAUCGGACAUCCGCAAGGACAAAAACGAAGCUGGAGAGAGUGUACGGCCUACAGGAAACUCGAUCAAGCGAAAGUUGGCCUGGGGGAAGGGGGAAUUGCAACGUCCUGGGCUGAGUGAGAUGCUCCGGUCCUGGAAUGGUAGGCGGGAGGCAGGAGGCAGGAGCAGAAUGGGCCAUUGGAAGAUGGUUGGGCGAUAGUCACGGCGAUUCAUUCCUCUACGCAAUCUACCAUACAAAGCGAUAUCAAUACAGUCAUGCAACCGAUUUCCUUUAGACAGUGGCCAGUCAAUCGAGGAUACAGAUCCGUAGCCAUGAAUCGCAGUGCCCUAUACUGUGCACCUGGGCCAAGUGCAUGCCACCAACCACAUACGGCGGCAAGAAGAGGUCAAGCUAAGAG